GGGGUGCAGAAAAUUAAAGAUUGCUUUACUUACCUGCAGGUCAAUCAAGUCUUCGGAUAAACACCAGAAAUAUAGCUUGAUCAAAAUAGGAAUCACUCCUGUAAUUUGAUUAAAAAGGUUUUAUCGGGAAAGUUAGCAUGGGAAUUUGCUACAGUUCCUCUACCUCAGUUAACCAGAGUCCUACUACCACCGAGCAAUUUAGUUCCGUGGCAGUGUCACACACAACACGUUACACAAAAUCUUCUAGCGACAGCACAGUUUCUGGGAACAGUAGAUUCUCGGCAGGCAGUGGAGGUGAUGAGGAUUGUCCAUCUGGACAGAUAUUGCCCCACCCCAAUCUAAGGAUUUUCUCCUACUCUGAACUUCGGGCUGCGACAAGAAAUUUUAGAAGUGAUACAGUGCUGGGAGAAGGCGGGUUUGGGAAAGUUUACAAAGGUUGGCUAGACGACAAGUCCACCACCAAAACUGGAAAUGGAUCUGUAAUUGCUGUUAAGAAGUUAAAUUCUGAAAGCAUGCAAGGAGUUGAAGAGUGGCAGUCUGAGGUGAAUUUCCUUGGAAGGCUUUCACAUCCUAAUGUUGUCAAGCUUUUGGGAUACAGUUGGGAUGAGAAAGAGCUACUGCUUGUUUAUGAAUUCAUGCAAAAGGGAAGCUUAGAGAACCACCUUUUUGGAAGGGGUUCUGCUGUACAGCCACUUUCAUGGGAAAUUAGGCUUAAGAUAUUAAUUGGAGCAGCUCAGGGUCUUGCAUUCUUGCACGCAUCAGAUAGAAAAGUUAUCUACAGAGAUUUCAAGGCCUCCAACAUAUUGCUUGAUGGGUCAUACAACGCCAAGAUAUCUGAUUUUGGCCUGGCGAAAAUGGGUCCAACGGCUAGUAAAUCCCAUGUGUCAACAAGGGUUAUGGGGACAAAUGGUUAUGCUGCUCCUGAGUACGUCGCCACUGGGCAUUUGUAUGUGAAGAGCGACGUCUAUGGUUUUGGCGUUGUUUUAGUUGAAAUGCUUACGGGUUUACGCGCACUUGACACAAAUCGUCCAAAUCCGCAACAUAAUCUGGUUGAUUGGGUGAAGCCACAUUUAUCCGACAAAAGGAAGCUGAAAAAGAUAAUGGAUUCACGUCUGGAAGAAAAAUAUCCCUUCAAAGCUGCAAUUCAAACUGCGCAGCUUGCUCUAACAUGUCUUGAAAAUGAACCAAGACAGAGACCAUCAAUGCAAGAACUAGUUGAGAAACUGGAGCGCAUUGAGUCGGUUAUAGAGAAACCCAGAGAGACCAGAGCACAUUCUAGACGUCAGGCAGCUAAUCGAUAUGCCCACCAAACGUUGCAAUCUCGUUCUCCACUUCUUCCAAGGCAAGAUGUGAAUCCAGCCUAUCCACUGCCAUCUCGGAAACUUUAGCUAGCUGUACUGUCUUUGCACACUUUUCUCCUCAUCUUAUGCCCCCUAAGACUCGAAUGCAUUUGCCAUUGUAAUAGUAGUUCAAGUUAUAGAGAUUAGAAUAUGGUGCCAGGAACUGUUGGUUUUUUACUGCUGAAUUGUAAUGUGAAGAUAAUUGUUUUGUACAUGAUAGAUGUUUUCCAAGUUAUUUCCUUCA